AUAAAAAAUCCCUAAUUCUCUCUCUCUCUCUAAGAAUUUUUAUUUUGUUUGUUUUCUCUUUCUAAAAAGGAAUGGAACCUAACGAAAGCCACCAUCAUCACCACCAACAACAACAACAGCAGCAGCAGCACCAUCAACAUCACCAUCUCCAUCAACAGCAACUGCAGCAACAACGACUCAGUUCUCCUUACUUCCACCACCAACUACAGCUCCACCACCAUCCAACCACCGUAGCAACCACUGCUUCUACCGGAAACGCGGUUCCAUCUUCCAACAAUGGGCUUUUCCCGCCGCAGCCACAGCCGCUACAUCCUAAUGAUGUUUCUUCCUCAAUUUCGGUUUACCCUCAUUCAGUUCCGUCCUCCGCUGUGACGGCACCGAUGGAGCCGUUAAAGAGGAAGAGAGGUCGACCGAGGAAGUAUGUGACGCCUGAACAAGCCCUAGCGGCUAAGAAAAUGGCGUCUUCUGCGAGCAGUUCCUCUGCUAAAGAGAGGAGAGAGCGAGCUGCUCUUGCCGGAGGUACGGCAUCGUCCAAUUCCGGCUCAUCCAAGAAACCUCUGCUUGGUUCUGUCGGGAAAACUGGGCAAAGCUUUACUCCGCAUAUCGUUAAUAUAGCUCCUGGUGAGGAUGUGGCUCAGAAGAUUAUGCUUUUCGCAAACCAAAGCAAGCAUGAACUAUGCGUUCUUUCUGCAUCAGGCACCAUCUCUAAUGUAUCCUUGCGCCAACCGGCUACAUCAGGAGGCAACGUAUCAUAUGAGGGUCAGUAUGAGAUUCUCUCACUAUCCGGAUCAUAUAUCCGGACAGAACAAGGUGGUAAAACCGGUGGCCUUAGCGCUUCUUUAUCUGGUUCAGAUGGUCAGAUCGUCGGUGGAGCGGUUGGGAACCAGUUCACAGCUGCUGGCCCGGUUCAGGUGAUUCUUGGUACGUUUCAGCUUGAUAGACAGAAGGAUGCUGUCGGGAGUGGUGGGAAAGGGGAUGGCGGAAAUCGGUUAACUUCUCCCGCUAGCACUGGACCGAUGCUUGACAUGGGUUUCCGUCCUGGUAUGGAACCUACGGGAAGAAAUCCAAUGCGGGGACACGAUGAGCAUCAUCAUCAUCAUCAAACUGGUUUAGGUGGAUCUCAUCAUUUGAUGAUGCAGGCGCCGCAGGGAAUGCACAUGACACACAUCCGUUCUGAAUGGGGCAGAGGAGGCCACAGCGGUCAUGAUGGUAGAGGCGGUGGCGGGUAUGACUUAUCAGGAAGGUUAGGACAUGAGUCAUCGGAGAAUGGAGAUUAUGAGCAGCAAAUACCUGAUUAGCACUGAGCUUCCAGAGACUACGACUGUAGGGUUUAGAUCCAAAGUAGAAACCGAAGGCAAAAGCAAAGAAUCUGAACUGAUAGAAGACUUAUAAGACAGAAACUUGUCUUUAAUGGUUUUCAUCAGAGAUAAGUUGAGAGAUGGUGCUUUUGUUCUUCUUGGUUCGGUGUAAUUUAUAAACUCCACAUCCCCAUUUUUCUUUCAGUAACGAUUCUGGUUCUCUUUUCACAUCAUUCCUUUUUCUUUUCCUAUAUAUAUAUCUCUUUUUUUGGUUUUUUUUCUUCUUUUGUUAGUAAAAAAGGAAAUGCUCUUUUAUGAAUACACAUACAUUUUGUUUCCACUUUUGUUUAAUAAUUCAUAACCUAUAAACGGUUCGUCCUAGAUCUAUUUGGACAAUAACAAUAA